CAUCAUUAUUUCGUGAAUGAAUUUGUAUUGUCGCAUCGAUUCAAUGUUCAGUUUCAGUGAUACUAAUUACACAUUAAUGUCGAUAAAAAUCCAGCUAUCCAAAAACAUUUAGAGUAGAUUGUGUUCCAAAUGUAAAGCCUGCGUCAUACCACGCGCGACCUUUGUGUGAAACCUGUUGAUUCCCUUGUAAACGAAUAUUGAAGAAGAAAAAAAAAAUUGUUGUCUGUCAAUUAAAAGUUAUCUCUGCAGCAGAAACGAAAACAAAUCCAAAUAUUUAAUCUCAUUUGAACUUUAACCUAAAAUUACCAAGCACUUUUCGUUCUUGUUGAUCAUUCCACUAGUUUUUUUGAAACAUAUAUUAGCAUUUACUUCUCAAGUGCGGUUCUAGUAACUUUAUUUUCGACUAAUUAUGUUUCGAGUGCACGGUAAUGUGUCAGUAAUUUUAACAACAUUGUGUUCGACAGCCAUAGUGGCAUACUAUUUCUUUAAAAAAAACUUUUCCUACGCAAAAGACUAUGUGAAAGUUGGAAAGGUUAAAAAAUUAGUAAUUCAUCCAAUCAAGUCGUGUAAGGGCGUUGAAGUUGAUCAGGUGACCGUUACCAAGACGGGUGUGAAACACGGCCUGUUUCGCGAUCGAGCAUGGGUUGCCAUUGAUAAUGAUGGAAAAAUGCUGAAUUUGGUGAGAGCACCCCAGCUGAUAACGAUCAAGACGCGAUUCGCAGAUGGUCGAUUUUUGGUACUUGAGAAUAAGUUCGGUGAAACAAUUAAAAUCGAAGUUAAAACGAAUUUUACAGAGUCCGACCGAAUAGUUCAUACAAAUGUGUACGGCGGCGACAUCGACGGAAUUGAUUGUGGCGAUGAAGUAGGAAAUUUUAUGUCUAGAUCCUUAAAUGUGGAAAAUGCCCGACUUAUUCAACAUGUCGAGCAACUGGACACUAGACCAUCAAGAUCGUCAGGACACCGGACUGCCGAUGUUGAAGAACGAUACAGAGUUCUCUAUCAAAACUAUUCGAACAUUCAUCUGACAACUGAAAAAUCCUUGGACGAAUUGAAUCAACGAAUUACGAAAAAUUCCGGCGCAGACAAGACCGUGUCUGAUGAUCACUUCCGUGCCAAUGUCGUUGUCGAACAAUCAAAUGCUUUUGAUGAGGACCACUGGGCACGUUUACGAUUCGUUGACGCUACGGGCUUGGAAUCGCAAGCUUCAUUGUAUCAACUACAGAAUUGUGAGAGAUGUAUUCAAACAACUGUGGCACGUGAUUCUGCUAAGAAAUCAACCGAACCUUUAAAAACUCUCAAAACGUUCCGCAAGCCAACACAUCCGGAUGACAUUAAAAGAUUGGGAGAACGACCACUGUUUGGAUGUAUUUUUGCUAAUGAUCAUGAAGGUGUUAUCAAACGUGGUGAUGAUAUUUUAGCGAUACGUGUGAAACGGGUUUAAUAUUCAUUAUUGAGUCUAGAGUGCUGUGAAAUCAAUGACCAAGUCAUAACACAAAUUACACAGCUAGUUUUUUUUUGUUGACAAAUUGUAUACAAUGCAAAGAAAUUAUAUUUGAGAGACUUUUCGCUUAA